AUGGACGAAAUCCGACAGUGGGAAAACAUCCUGCCUUACACACACGAACCCGACGCCGUCCAAGUGGAGGCACGCAAGGCAACUACAGAUAUACAAAUCUGUGGCUACUUUUCUAACAAUCCGGACUACAAGGCAGGCUGCGCUUCACCAUCCACCUGCAGCACUCCCAGCGGCGGCAAGUCAUGGGGCUGUUGCGAUGAGACAAGCUGUUACAUCCCUGCUACAUGUGAGGAUGCUUCAGCUCCCGAUUGUGGAGGCACUGCUGCCUCACUCUGUCCUAAAUCUCCAAUCAUGAAAUGCACCUAUGGAGCCUCGUUGCGGUGCCUCUACUUCAUUUACCAAACCGCUUCUGACGACAAUGCCAAGCUUACUUCCUGGGGCUGCGGUGAAACCCCGACAACAUAUAUCGUCGGACCGCUACAAGCUGAGCAAACUUCCGAUCAUACCGCACUAGCAACAGCCCCGACGAAUGACGAAACAGACUCAAGCUCCGGUUUGUCAAAAGACGCCACGAUCGUUCUUGCUGUUAUUCUCCCCAUUGUAGGUUUGGCGAUUCUUCUAUCCGCAGCCAUAUUGUUCCUCUGGCGGCGUAAGAAGAGACCGCGCAACGCGAUUUCUACGCCUAGGCAAGUCGGUAACGGAGUAGCAUCUGAGAUGGAGCAAACCACGGAAUGUGCCCCUGUCCCUGCAGUAUCCCCUUAUGAGAUGGGCGAUAACGUCUUGCGGCCUGAACUUGACAGCCGUGAGAUGUGUUAUGGGACUCAUUAA